GGGCGGAGCUAAUGUGGUUGGCACACUGAAUAGUCCACAAUCCCUGGCUGUGUUCCUCUCUACAACGUAACCAUGAAGAUCUCCUUGGUGACCAUUUUUUUGCUGAUGCUUCUGAUGGGCAUCAUCAAUGCCAGAGUCCAGCCGCAGAAAAACUUUGACCUUCAGAGGUUUGCAGGGAAGUGGUAUCGGGUGGGUCUGGCCUAUGAUUCUCCAGGCUUCGUGCCGUACAGGAACAGACUCACUAUCUCUAUGGGCGUAGUGGAGCCGAAGGAGAAUGGGGACGUCAACAUGACCAUGUGGAGUCUAACGUCUUCUGGUUGUCAGCGUAAGGUCUACAUUUAUGAGAAGACGUCUGUGCCCGGCGUGUUCAACUACUACAGCACUCGUCAUAGAAGGGUGAAGGACGUUACUGUGGUGGAGACGAACUAUACUGAAUAUGCCCUGGUCCUCAAACACAAGAAGAUGAACAAGGAGUUCACACAAGUGUCUCUUUACGGUCGUACUAAGAGGUUGAGGGCAGAUGUGAUGGAGAAGUUCAGAGCGUACGCCACAGCUCGAGGAUUCUCCAAAGAGUCCAUCCUGACUCCACCAAUCUCCAGCAAAACAGACUGUUCUUGAGGAAAUUAGUUCCUAAUACCAUUUAGAGCUGGACUGGAGGCCACACAACACAUCCUUAGGCUACCUUAAUGUGCCAAAAUGAUGUCCGUUUGUGACAGUUUGAAUGGAAGUCAUUUGUUUGCUGUGUUAUAAAGCACACAAAACAUUCAACCUGGACAGAAGAGUGGAAAUACAGAAAUAUGUCACUUCUCUGAUAAUCUUGGCUGGCAAAAAAAAUAAAACACUUGUUUUUGUUCA